AUGUCUUCUCAGCUGCAUCUCUUCACAUCAGGCAAGAGAGGGGGGCCUGCCCUUCUGAUGAAGAAAGGCGGGGAGUGGGGGACAUCUGCAGAGGCAGGUCCUCAGGCCCAAGCACAGGGGGGCCGGGGGGACUGGGCCUCCCCAAAGCCCUGCCUGGACCUCCGUCUGCAGCCUCUGGGCCUGCCCUUUGGCCUGUCCUGGGAGAGUCUUUCCUGCUCUUUUCCAGCCACCGACUUUGGCCUCUUCCUGUCAGACGAAGAUCCCAAGAAAGGCAUCUGGCUGGAAGCUGGGAAGGCCCUGGACUACUACAUGCUCCGCAAUGGGGUGCGUCCCCCCUUCCCUGCCAGGGUUGUCCCCUGGCCGCCCCCUCCCUUGCCAGGCGGGCAUCUCCUCCUUUGCAUGGCCCCCUCUUUCCCCUCCCCUCCCCCCCCCACUCUGGGUGCCCCCCCAACUGCUCUCCUCCGGCCCUCUCUGAUGCCCCCCUACAACAUUCCAGGACACCUUGGAGUACAAGAAGAAGCAGAGGCCCCUGAAGAUCCGGAUGCUGGACGGGACGGUCAAGACGGUCAUGGUGGACGACUCCAAGACGGUCACAGACAUACUCAUGACCAUUUGCGCCAGAAUCGGUGAGCGGGGGGGGGGGUCUUGAUCUAGGGAGGGAGAGAGGUCUCUAGCUCCCCCUGACAGAUGAUGAUGAUGAUGAUUUAUUUAUUUAUACCAUGCCCAUCUGGCUGGGUUUCCCCAGCCACUCUGGGCGGCUUUCAACACAAUAUUAAAAUAAAGUAACGCAUCAAACAUUAAAAGCUUCCCUAAACAGGGCUGCCUUCAGAUGUGGUCUAAAAGUCUGGUAGUUGUUGUUCUCUUUGACAUCUGGUGGGAGGGCAUUCCACAGGGCAGGUGCCACCACCAAGAAGGCCCUCUGCCUGGUUCCCUGUAGCUUCACUUCUUGCAGGGAGGGAACUGCCAGAAGGCCCUCGGAGCUGGACCUCAGCGUCUGGGCAGAACGAUGGGGGUGGAGACGUUGUCUUGCUCUGCAGAAGGCAAGAGGGAUGUCUCCCAGUCUGGCAGGACUGACCUCUCUCUCCCCACCCACCUUCUUGACAUGGGGGGGUCUCCUCGCCCGGCAGGCAUCACGAACUACGACGAGUACUCCCUGGUGCGGGAAAUUGUGGAGGAGAAGAAGGAGGAGCAGACGGGGACCCUCAAGAAGGACAAGACGCUCCUGCGGGAUGAGAAGAAGAUGGAGAAGCUCAAGCAGAAACUCCACACGGACGACGAGUGUAAGUCGGUGGGGUGGGGGUACGACCCACAAGGACCCAGGAGCAAAGAGUGGGGGGUCUCUCUCCUUCCCCCUGCUUCCCCUCCCAAUGUUCUCUGUGCCCCAACAGUGAACUGGCUGGACCACGGGCGCACCCUCCGAGAGCAGGGCAUCGAUGACAGCGAGACCCUCCUCCUGCGACGGAAGUUCUUCUACUCGGACCAAAACGUGGAUUCGCGGGAUCCUGUGCAACUCAACCUGCUCUAUGUGCAGGUACUGUUCCCUUCACACAACCCUGCAAGUCUCGGGCUUUAUCCUAACCCCAGUUUACCUAUGAAACCCCUCACCCCACAUGCGGCCGCUCGGGGGGACGGGCCCUGCCAUAGAUGCCACAUAAGCCCCACUUUCUGCGUUUGUAAGCAUUCGAUCGUUUAGUGUGGCAGCACCUGCCCUCUGGAACUCCCUGCCUCUUGAUAUGAAGCAGGUGCCUUUGCUUUGCACGUUUUGGUGCUUGCUAAAAACAUUCUUGUGUAGACCCACCCCCCGAAUGCUUAGAAAGUAGAAGUGAGUUCCAACCUGUUGUAGUAUUUUAACUUUCUGUACGCUUUGAACUCAGUUUUAAUGUUUUAUCUUUUUAUUAACUGCUUUGAGGUUGUUGGGUGUGUUUUUUUACAAUCAAGCAUUGUAUAAAUUUUGUGAAAUAAAAUAAAUAACCCCCAAGGUACACCUGGCAGGUGCCAUGAAGGUUGGGUUGGUGGAGUGGGCAGCAGGUCUCUCCUCCCCCCCAGCCCAAAAUCCUUGGGGAGAGGGUGGGAGGGAAGGGCCCAUUAAGGAGCUAUGAAUGAACUGUGAAUUAAUUCAGGAGAAUGACUUCCCUGUGCCCCCGCCCCCUUCUCCAGGCCCGUGACGACAUCCUGAACGGCUCCCACCCCGUCUCCUUCGACAAGGCCUGCGAAUUUGCGGGAUUCCAGUGCCAGAUCCAGUUUGGCCCCCACAAUGAGCAGAAGCACAAGCCGGGAUUCUUGGAGUAAGUGCCCCUGCCGGUCUCUGCCCGCUUGGUGUGGGCCUCGCAGCGGAGCGCCAGGGGAAACCGAGUCACAGGGUGCCGCGCAGAGGCGAGUGGCCUCCCCUUCCUUUUCAAGUCGAGGUUGGACAGCCGUCCGCCAGGGCUUCUUCAUUGCACUUCCCUUCAUUUGGGCAGGGCCUCCUUGCGCUGGGCAGGACUGCCCCCCCAAGGGAUGAGUUUGGGUUGGGCAGCAAAGGUUUGGGGUUCUUCCUUGCUCUCCCUCCCCUCAUGCCCCCUCCUCUCCUCUCCCUUUUCCAGCCUCAAGGACUUUCUGCCCAAGGAGUACAUCAAGCAGAAAGGCGAGCGCAAGAUUUUCAUGGUGAGUGGAAGCGGGGGGGGGGGGGACGACUGGCUGCAACCAGGGACCCCUUGGACCUCCAGGGGAAGGGGGCUCACGGGGGGCACUCCUCCCUCUCCACCGAUGAGUGGGCUUGGGGGUGGGGCACACCUUGUGCCUGGCAAAAUAUCUGCUUUUGACAGGAUCUACUGCCCAUUUCCCGGAGGACCCCCUGUGGGGACUGGGACGCCCCUGCUGUUUGGGGCGGCUCUGGCGGGAGAGGGGGGCCCCUUCCCUGGGGUGGGAGGAGCGGAAGGAUGACCCCCCCCUUUGUUCUGCCCUCAGGCCCACAAGAACUGCAGCAACAUGAGCGAGAUUGAGGCGAAGGUCCGCUACGUGAAGCUGGCCCGAUCCCUCAAGACCUACGGGGUCUCCUUCUUCCUGGUCAAGGUGAGGGGGGCCCUGCCCCAUCUCUCUGCCCUUUCAGGGGGGCAGGAUGCUCGGGAAGCCCCCUGCCUCCAGCUGAGGUGGGGCUGUUGCACCCUUGGCUCUUCUGCGCCUUGCAGGGGGGGCCAGGGGGGGCAUCUCCUGCAGGUUUGCCCUUUGAGGUGGGCAUGGUGGCUCUGGGGUGGCUGGUGCCCCCUUGGUGCAGGGGGAGCUGAGGGCUCCCCUUGGGCCUGACCCACGUGUCCCCCCUGCAGGAGAAGAUGAAGGGCAAGAACAAGCUGGUCCCCCGCCUGCUGGGCAUCACCAAGGAAUGUGUCAUGCGGGUGGAUGAGAAGACCAAGGAGGUCAUCCAGGAGUGGAACCUCACCAACAUCAAGCGCUGGGCCGCCUCCCCCAAGAGCUUCACGCUGGUAGGCCUUCCUCCUCCUUCCUCUUCCUCCCCCCGCCAUCUCCAACGCUCUUUGCCCCCUCCCCGGGUGUCCUUUGGAAGAAGCGCAGCAGCAGAAUUGGGCUGCCUGGGGCCGCAUCCUGCAAGCAGAGGGCAGGCAGGCAGGCAGGAGGGCUGAGCAACAGCCGGUUUUCAACAUCGUGCUGCAUCACCAGCUGAACAUCGCACUAGACAAUGUCUGGAAUGAGGAUGGAGCUGUGCAGGCCCUUCUCGGUGGUGGCGCCCUCCCUGUGGGACACCCUCCCUUCGGAUGUCAAGGAGAUAAAGAAUUGCGCAACUUUUAGAAGACAUCUGAAGGCAGCCCUGUAUCGGGAGGCUUUUAAUGCUUGAUAUUUUUAUUACGUUUCAUCAUCAUCAUCGUUUUGUUUGCUACCUUUCCAUAGUUAAAACAAUGCUCAAGGCGGCUUACAACAUGACAAGAUUUACGUAAUUAUCAACAUAACCAAGUCAUAAACUCUUGGAUAGAUUUAUUGCUUUAUUGUUUGGCGCCCAGCCACGCUUCCCCUGCGAGCCUCUGCAGCUUCUGUUUACGCAGGGUGGCUUUGGAGCGGUCGUAAAGCAAUUAGCAGAAUUACACAGCGUCUGUGUGUCGAAAGGGCAGUAAAUAAGUCCAGACGUUUCUUCUAUCCUAGUAUCUCUUUAUUGGAAACAAAAUAGCGUAUUUACAAUCCACAACAGCCAUCCGUGUUCAGCUGCAUUUUCUCUGCCUCCUCUCUCUCCCCUUGCAGCGGCUGAACUGAAUGCUUUCGAUUUCCACUCAGUUCACAGCAUACCAAGCUGUUUUCCUCACGUCCUGGCUUACUUCCCUUGUAAGCCCGUCCCCUCAAGCACGAGACAUAGAAGGUUAACCCGUCACUACACCCAACACAUCACAUAAAUAAAACACAUCAAAAAGUACACAACCAAAUGGAAAAACAAUUUCCGCAUAAAUUGUUACGGGGAAAAUCUAGGUGUGAGGCUGCUCAGUCCCCCAGCUGGUCGGGCAGAGCCCGCGGGUCCCUGCGGAAUAAAGGAAGGAUUCCAGCCACCAACCGGAGCAAAUAGCUGUAGUUUAUUGCGCAUCAGGUUCAAAGAGGAAUUUUGAACCCCAAGAAUGGGGUGACAAGGACUUUUAAAACUUUUCCACCAUAUCCCAGAAUACAGUUCGUACAGCAUCAUUGCUACAUCAUUGACAUGUCACAAAAGGGGAGGGGUUAAUCUUGGCAAACAUGUCCAGACAAGUCCUUGGUACAAGAUUAGCAUAAGCAGACAUGGCAGGGCAAGAUUAGCAUAGACAAACACUUCUGAAGUCCCACCACCCAAAGUACAAUAGAACUUCCUUGGCAUGUUUGGGGAUGGGAUUUGGCUUUCCUUGGCCAACAAUCAGCUCCGCAAUUGUCACCUCUGGGAACUUCCUGGAGUCCUUUUUCAAGGGGAAAAUAGCUUUGGAAUGGAGGAAACUGGCAAAGGAGCUGAUUUUAUAUGAUUGUUAAAGCUAGGUAACUUCCCUGAGCUGUCAAGUUGAAAGGAUACAUUCAGGCAUAAUAUUUGGAACAUUUAACUUUAACGAUGUGCCCCCACCCCAGUAAUUUCUGCAACAAUAUCAAUCACAAUUUAAAAUGACAUGGGGGAAAAAUAAAAACAAUUUAAAAAGAAAACAAAAACAAAAAUGGAGGCCUCUCUGCCCAGCAGCCGUGGCAGCAGCAGUCCUUUAUGGAGCCAGCCAGGCCCCGUCCCCAGCCAGAGGGAGAAGAGCAGGGCUCCCAGCAGCUCACACUCCGUUUUUAGAUAUUCUGUAAGCUACCCAGAGUGGCUGGGGAAACCUAGUCAGACGAGUGGGGUAUCAUCAUCAUCAUCAUCAUCUGGCUUCACAGUUUUCCCCACCUUGUGGCUGCCCUACAGUGGCCGGGGGGAGUGGGGAGAGAGAGAGAGAUACCUUUUUCCUUUCCUCUUGCAGGACUUUGGGGAUUACCAGGACGGCUACUACUCUGUCCAGACGACGGAGGGGGAGCAGAUUGCCCAGCUCAUUGCCGGCUACAUUGACAUCAUCCUGAAGAAGGUGAGGCUGUGGGGAGGCAGGGAGAGGGGCGCCCACCUCAGGCGUGGCGUCUGCCUGGGCGUGCGGGAGGGCAAGGCCACGCUGGCAUUGCAGGGUGCUGGCUGAGGGAAAGGAUGUCCCCCACCAGGAGGAUGGGCUGCCUUGCCCUGGCGGUGCUGGGAGGCUCUUCUGCGCCCUGUGCCCCAUGGCCGCCUUGAUCUGUGGAUGGCGGAGUCAUUGCCUGCCCCCUUCUCUGCCCUACAGAAAAAGAGCAAAGACCACUUUGGCUUGGAGGGGGACGAGGAAUCGACCAUGCUGGAGGAGUCCGUCUCCCCAAAAAAGUAAGUCUGGAGGGAGAGGGGGACGGGGGGGGGGCUGCCGCUGCCCAGAGUGGGGGUGCUUCUUCUCUCCUCCCUCCCUCUGCUUGCCUCGCAGGUCCACCGUCCUCCAGCAGCAGUUCAACCAGGUCAACAAGGCUGAGACGGGCUCCCUGGCCCUGCCGGGCAUCAUCCGCUUGGGCGCCGGCGGGCCAGAGAACUUCAAGAUGGGCACCAUGCCCCAGGCCCAGCAGCAGAUCACCAGCGGGCAGAUGCACCGUGGGCACAUGCCCCCCCUGGUAAGGAGCCCUUCGCUCUCCCCUCCGCUCCCAUGCACAUCAUCCAUGGUUGGGGUGGGAGGGAGAAGAAGCACAAAGAGCAUUGAGUGGCCGUCCCUCUGGGAUGCUUUAAUUCCUGCCUUGCAGGGGGUUGGGCUAGAUGACCGCAAGGGGUCCUGUCUACCUCUACACAUCAAUGAUUCACAGAGUCCUCUUCCCUUUGGGCCUGUUUGCACCCGUGGCUGCUGCUGGGAAGUGGUCAGGGCCAGAUUUACGUAUAAGCUAAACAAGCUAUAGCUUAGGGCCCCACUCUCUUGGGGCCCCCCAAAAAAUUAAAGAAAAAAACCUGGAUGUCCAUUUCCAAAAUAUAAGAUAAAAAACAAAUGAAAUAAAACCUACAUACCAGGUUUUGUGUUGUGUAGGCUCCUAUGAUGUAAAUCAUGGGCCCCACCUGCUAGCCUGCUCCCUCAAAUAUCCCUGCUUUGCUCCUUUCUAUAUAUAGUAGGCCUACAUUCUGAUAUUUAUAAUUAUUCGUAGUUUGCAUCAUAUAUUUACACCUAUUAUUUUUUCAUAUUAUAGCAAGUUCCUAGAGACUAGAUUAUGAGUCUUUGUAAAUUGUGUUUCUAAAGGACCUUUUGUUAUUGCCAAAUGCCAAUGUGUUUGCAUUAUUAAGUUUGUUAUGAUUAAAAAAAUCAUUUUAAGUUAGAGCUUAAUAACUAUUUCACUAUUAAUAUACUUCUUUUUAAUUCUAUUUCGCAAUUAAUGUACAUCUUUUAAUUGUACUUCGGUUCAACAAUUACUUGGAUAAAACACAUAUACUGUUAUGUGCAAAUGGCUUGAGAUACCUAUUAGGUCCAUAAAUGACCAUAUAGCAUAUAUUCAACACAAAAACCAGCGACAAUUUGUUGUUGACAAAGGACAGCUGGACAUAGAAAGGGGCCUGUUACCUUCAGGAGCUGAGGGCCCUGGGAGUGGUGCUUAUGUAGCCCCACCCACAUGGCAGCCCACGGGUGCCCCUCCCCACCCAGGCCUCUCUGCUUGCCCCCCUCCUUUCAGGGGCCCUUGGGCUCCAGGAGAGGGCCAGGCUGUGCCCCCUUCUUCUUCUUCUCCUUCUCCUCCUUGCAGACCUCGGCCCAGCAGGCCUUGACGGGCACCAUCCUCUCCAGCAUGCAGGCGGUCCAUGCUGCCCAGUCCAACCUGGAGGACUUUGACACGCUGCCCCCCAUGGGGCAGGACGCGGUGAGUGGGGCCGGCCAAGGGAAGGGGCCCUUGGGGGCGACUGGGCACCCUCCAGGGGGGAGCCUCCCCUGUGGAGUCCUGGAAUAACGGCCCCCUUUUCUUCCCCCCCCCCCCCAGGCCUCCAAAGCCUGGCGCAAGAACAAGAUGGAUGAGUCGAAGCACGAGAUCCACUCCCAGGUGGACGCCAUCACGGCUGGCACGGCUUCCGUGGUCAACCUGACGGCGGGCGACCCGGCCGAGACGGACUACACAGCCGUGGGCUGCGCCGUCACCACCAUCUCCUCCAACCUGACGGAGAUGUCCAAGGGGGUCAAGCUGCUGGCCGCCCUCAUGGAGGACGAGGGAGGCAACGGCAGGCAGCUCCUGCAGGCGGCCAAGAACCUGGCAGGGGCCGUCUCAGAGCUGCUGAAGACCGCACAGCCCUCCAGCGCAGAGGUGAGCCUGGCCGCUUGGGUCCAAGGAAAAGCUCCCCUUCCGUGCAAUUCCCGCCUUGCGGGGCUUGGAUUAGGCAACCCUUUGGGUCCCCUCCCACUCUGCAGGCCUGUGAUUUUAUACUUGAAUCACGCAAUCUCAUUUUUUAAAAAAAAGAUCAAAGUGGUUUCAAAACAUACCGUAUUUUUCCGUGUAUAAGAUGAGGUUAUUUUAUUUUAAAAUUAUGCUUAAAAUUUAGGGUCGUCUUAUACACAGAGAGUGGAGAGGUGGGACGGACAAUUGGUGGCUGCCAUGAGCAGUAGAUUGUCAGCGGCGUUUUUGCGGGGGGUAGGUGGUUGCGGCAAGGUCUGCUGGCUGUUGGCUGCUGGGGCAAGUGUGCGGGCGAUUGGCACUUGCUUUCGGCAAGCAUGCAUACGAUUGAUGGCUUCAUUGAUAUGUGUGCAAUUGGCAGUGGCAGUCCUGCAGGUGAGCAAAUUUCAGCAAAUCCCCCCCCCCCCAAAAAAAGGUCAUCAAGUCUGGGCAAUCUCCCCCCAUUUUCUCAAUUUGGAGUCCCAAAAAAGAGGGGGCGUCUUAUGCACGGUGGCGUGUUAUACACGAAAAAAUACGGUUUGUUGUUGUUUAGUUGUUUAGUCGUUUAGUCGUGUCCGACUCUUUGUGACUCCAUAUAUGCACAUUAAAAUCACAGCAACAUCUAAAACCACAGCUCAGUUAACUUCUACCGAAAACAUUUUUUGCAAAUGUCUUCAGAAGCCUGGCAGCGCCGAAAGGUUCUCAGCCAACAUGUCAUGGUUAAUGUGUUGAGAGGCCGCCUUGACCCUCCUACACCCAGGAGAGCCCUGCCCUCUGCAGGGGGUUGGACUAGAUGACCCUGGGGUCCCUUCCAACUCUAUGAGGCUGUGAUUCUCCAUCGAGCCUCCAUGGACCCCAGAAACCUCCACAUUAACUCUGAGCAGAGCCUUCCGUGUGGCUGCCCCUAUUCUGAGGGACAGCGUUCCUCUAGAGAUGCGACAGGCACCCAACUCUGCCCACUUUCUGUGACAGCCAUUCCCAGCUGGACAAAGGGGACUUUACCACGAGGGUCUGCCUGUUCAGGUUUAGGUCUUGUGGGUUGCCUUCAGGGGCCGCCCCUAACCUCCAGCCCUUUCCUCCUCCAGCCGCGGCAGAACCUUUUGCAAGCUGCAGGCGCCGUGGGGCAGACGAGUGGGGAACUGCUGCAGCAGAUUGGGGAGAGUGACGCUGACCCCCAUUUCCAGGUGAGUGGCAAGCGGGAGUCCUCUGGGGCACACCUGGCGGGGGACAGCCUGGCGCAGGCCACCUGCCCUCUGGCACAGGAUGGGCAGGGGGGUGGCGCUUGGGCCCAGUAACCUCUCUUGUCUUGUGGAUUCGUGUGCAGAUGGUGGAGAGCCGGCGCCCUCGGACCCUGUCCGCCCCUGACCCCAAGACGGUAAAGGGCCUGAGCCCAGCAGGGGCUGUGCUCUCUGGGGCAGAGCCCUCCUCCGCGCUGCUGCCAAUCAGUGAGGCUCGCUGGCCAAGGGGCUUGGGGCAAGCUCUUGCUCUCGCUGGCUCAUGCUCGGCUCCCCCUGUUGCAGGAGCCUCGGCCUCUCCAGUUGGUGGGAUGGCUCUGACCCACAAGCCAGGAAGCCCCCAAGAUCACCGGCCAGAGGGUCCGCGUAGGCCCAGAUUUGGCAGGACCCCCAGGAGGCUGCCUGUGGGACUCUCCGCCACAUGGCAUGGUAGCAAAGUCAGCAGGGACCUCUGUUGGAAGAGCAGCUGGCGCUGCCUGUUCCCUGCACAGAUGCCAGGGAACCCUGCCAGCCUCUCGGCGCUGGGCCUGCAUCAGGGCAGGCGGCCUGGAGGCUCCUUCUGCCCCCAGCGCCCCAUGUGGGGUCUUGGCUGCUUUGGCAGCAGGGGAAUCCGAGCAUUUUCUCUUCCCCCCUCCCGGUCCUUGCGGUGGGGGGCUGUGGGCGCUUCCUCUUGGUGACGGGUUUGGUGCGCGGUGCUCUCUGCGCCUGUGAUUGAGGCCAGAGAGGGUGUGGUUGGGGGGGUGUCUGGGGGGGGCUGAGUGCCGCAGGAGCACGGAGGGGUGAGGUUUGUGCUGGCAGAGGCGGAAGAAGGAUGAUCUCACCUGCGCCAGGAGAGCCUGGAAGGGCCCUCCUUGCCCAGCUCGGGUUUCCCUGCUGAAUGUUUCAUGAGCGCAACCAGCCAAUGCCCCCUCUUCCUCCCCCCCCCCCGACAGGACAUGCUGAUGCAGCUGGCGAAGGCCGUGGCCAGUGCCGCUGCCGCCUUGGUACUGAAAGCCAAGAACGUGGCCCAGAAGACGGAGGACUCGGUGCUGCAGACACAGGUCAUUGCUGCUGCCACGCAGUGCGCCCUCUCCACCUCCCAGCUGGUGGCUUGCACCAAGGUGAGUGGCAGGCCCUGAGCACCCACCCCUGGCACCCUGGCCCCGCUCAGGGUCUGGGGCAGCAGCUGGCCUUGGUUGUUCCUCUUCCAGGAAACACCUGCCUCGGUGGAGGGGCACUGUUUGGGCUUCCGUUUGGAGAAGGCCCUCAUUUGAGGAGCGUAAGCCAGCCCCUGCCAUCUCCCCAAAGGGUGCUUUCUCAGCCCUGUGGGAAGUGGGGCUGGGGCAGGCUGGGCCACUGCUCUGACCGCCCUGUGCCUUGUCCAUUCCUCCUCCUCCUUGGCAGGUGGUGGCGCCCACCAUCAGCUCGCCCGUCUGCCAGGAGCAGCUGGUGGAAGCUGGCAAGCUGGUGGCCAAGUCGGUGGAGAGCUGUGUGGACGCGUCGCAGGCGGCCACGGGCGACGAGCAGCUGCUGAAGCAGGUGGGGGUGGCGGCCACGGCCGUGACACAAGCCCUUAACGACCUGCUGGAGCACAUCAAGCAGCAUGCCACGGGCGGGCAGCCCAUCGGCCGCUACGACCAGGCCACCGACACCAUCCUCAACGUCACGGAGAACAUCUUCAGCUCCAUGGGGGAUGCGGGUGAGCGGGCCUUGGGGGGAGGGACCCCUUGGGGCCCAUCCACGGAGGCUGGGGGGGGGCUGGCCACGUGGGCGGGAGGGAUGGCUGAGGGCGUCUCAGGGUCCGUCUGUGGGGCUGGCCCUCACCUCUCUCCUCCUCCUCCUCCCCAGGGGAAAUGGUGCGUCAGGCCCGCAUCCUGGCUCAAGCCACCUCCGACCUGGUGAACGCCAUCAAGGCCGAUGCCGAAGGGGAGACGGACCUGGAGAACUCGCGCAAACUGCUGAGUGCGGCCAAGAUCCUGGCGGACGCCACGGCCAAGAUGGUGGAGGCAGCCAAGGUGUGGCGUCGGUGGAGGGGCUGGGCAGAUGCCUGGCAGGGGAGCGAGGUGGAGGGGUCAGGCGCAGGCCUACCUGUGGGACCUCUGCCCUUGUGCCCCUCCAGCCCUGCCUCCUCUUCCCAGGGGCCAGCCAGCGGCAGGGCCUGAGGGCGGCAGCAGUGACGCUCCCCGCCUGGAGUUCCCAGCAACAGGGUCAAAGAAUUGUAGAGGAGGGAGGGGCCCCAAGCGUCAUCUAGACCACCCUCUGGCAACUCAGGAACCACGACUUCAUGUCCUGCUUCUGGCAGUGGAAGGAGGGUGCUGGCGCUGUGGCCAGGGAGAGCCUCCCCAACCCUGGAUUGGUUCCCCUUCCUUGGGAAGCAACAACUGAGUGCCACGUUUGUGCCCACAAUGAUGCCCUCCUGGCCACAUCCCAUUUCAGGGAGGGGGUUGUCCACUUCCCCCGGGUGAUGCCCUCUCAACCUGUCCUCAUGCCCUCUGGUGCCAGCCACAUACGUUCCCCUUGCCAGUGCCCCCCGGGCUCCUGGUGGGAGCCUCACUGGCACCACCCGCUCAGACUCCCUGCUCCUGGUCCCUGUGAGGUGGUGGUGGGUGGCCUGGCGGGGGCCAUUCUGACCAGUCUCCCCCUCCUGCUCCCUGCCCACCAGGGGGCUGCAGCCCACCCAGACAGUGAGGAGCAGCAGCAGCGCCUGCGGGAGGCGGCUGAGGGCCUGCGCAUGGCCACCAACGCAGCCGCCCAGAACGCCAUCAAGAAGAAGCUGGUGCACCGGCUGGAGGUGAGUGCUGCAAGUGGCGUGUGUGUGCCCAUGCCAGUCGCUUGCCACAGCCUGGCCGGCUGGGCAGAGCAGGGGGCCUUCCUGGCCUCACCCCGUCCCCCACUUUCUCUCUCCCCAGCAUGCAGCCAAGCAAGCAGCCGCCGCCGCCACCCAAACCAUCGCAGCCGCCCAGCAUGCAGCCACCACCAACAAGAACCCGGCUGCCCACCAGCAGCUGGUGCAGAGCUGCAAGGUGAGAGGGAGGGAGGGAGGGAGGGAAGAGAGUGCUGAGCUUGCCCUCCCCGCCCCCUGGCCUCAGUGUGGGUUUCUGGCUGGGGGGGGGGGGGCGGUGAGAGGCCAUCCCAACCUCUCCUUAUUGUUGCUGUUGCGGCCAUUGCUAUUAAUUAAAUUUCUAUACCACUCUUCAUCCAAAGAUCACAGGUCAGGUUACGGCACAAAAACACACAAUGCAUAACACAAUAAUUUUAAUAACAAUACUGAUAGCGAUAUAACUAACCAUAACAUACAUUCAUUCAUUUGACAGGGGCGGCUGCUGCCAAGUAAAUAAAUAAAGGCAGCCACGUUUAGGGAAGUUUUUAGUGUCUGAUGUUUUAUUGAUUUGUUGUUGUUGUUGUUAAUAUUCUGUUGGGAGCCGCCCAGAGUGGUUGGGGAAACCCAGCCAGAUGAGUGGGGUAUAAAUAAUUUAUUGUUGUUGUUGUUGUUAUUGUUAUUAAUGAAUGGCUGCUAUGACAUUGAUCAGAAACACCGGCCACAAGUACUUCCUACUGUGGGCGCCUCUUGCUUCCUUUGGGUGUUGGUGGGCUCACCCCCUGAGCCCCAGAGACUCUCCUGGCCCCUCUGGGGCAAGAAGGACCAAGAUGGGUUUCUGAUGGAGGCCCCCCAACUGUCUCUUUCUCCCGCCCUCCUCCAGGUGGUGGCGGAUCAGAUCCCCAUGCUGGUCCAGGGCGUCCGGGGGAGCCAGUCGCAGCCCGACAGCCCCAGCGCCCAGCUGGCUCUCAUUGCUGCCAGCCAGAACUUCCUGCAGGUGAGGGGAUGGGCAGCAGAGGGCGCCCACAGGGCAAGGGGGCAGGUUGCGUGGGCACCCCAGGGGGGGGGCUCCUCAGGAUUGGGGGCUCCUCGUGGUCACCACUCUCCUUUCCCUCCCCCGGCUGCAGCCCGGCGGGAAGAUGGUGGCCGCAGCCAAGGCCACAGUGCCCACCAUCUCGGACCAGGCCUCCGCCAUGCAGCUCAGCCAGUGCGCCAAGAACCUGGCAGCCGCCUUGGCUGAACUUCGCACGGCCGCACAGAAGGUAAGGAGGAGCCGCCGUCAAGCCCCCCGCCCUCUGCACAGCCGUGGUGGCUGCUGCUGCUGCUUCUUCCUCUUGCCUCUUGUGGCCAUUGGUUCUCUGUGGGGUGAAGGGGAGCUCCCUCCCCACGGAGUCUUCUGCCAGUCUUCUGUGGAGGAAGCCAUGCUGAGGCCCUCAGUGCGGGAUGGUGGCAGGGGCUGGGGCUGACAUGUAGCGCCCCCUGGGGAUGACACCCUCCUGUUCCACGGCAGGCACAAGAGGCCUGCGGCCCCCUGGAGAUCGACUCGGCCCUCAGCUUGGUACAGAGCCUGGAGAGGGACUUGCAGGAAGCCAAGACGGCAGCCAGAGAGGGCAAGCUGAAACCUCUUCCGGGAGAGACGGUGAGCAGAGGAGGGCGUGGGGGUCAGAAGGCGUGGGGUGGGCACAGCAGGCACAAGGGGGAGGUGGGGGCACGGGGGCCUGUUGACUCUCUGUGUCCUGCAGAUGGAGAAGAGCGCCCAGGACCUGGGGAACAGCACCAAGGCCGUCAGCUCCGCCAUCGCCCAGCUGCUGGGAGAGGUUGCCCAGGGCAACGAAAACUACACAGGUACUCCUCCGUGCCCCCCAAGCCCCCUCCCCACCAGCAGCCUCCCUUGCUCCUCCCCCCAGCUGUGGCAGGCUCCCCCCUUGCUAUGCCUAGUUCAGGAGACAUCCCUCUGUUCCUCCUGGGUCUGGAUUGGACCCAUCCUCCUCCUCCUCUUCCUCCUCACCCCCUCUUGGGGAGGGAGGGUCCUUGCCUGGGGGGCUGACGCUGCCCUCUCCCCCUCCCUCCCUCCCCCAGGGAUUGCUGCCCGCGAUGUGGCCCAUGCGCUGCGCUCCCUGAGCCAAGCUGCCCGCGGGGUGGCUGCCAACUCGGAGGAGCCGCAGGUCCAGGCCGCCAUGCUGGAGUGCGCGGGCGACGUCAUGGACAAGGCUGGCAACCUGAUAGAGGAGGCCCGCAAGGCCGUGGCCAAGCCGGGAGACCCCGAGAGCCAGCAGCGCCUGGCGCAGGUGAGCCUCGGCCUGGCGUGGGGGCCGUGGGUGGGGUGGGGGGUUGUGGCCCUCCUCACUGAGCCGCUCUGCCCUCUCCUGGCAGGUGGCCAAGGCCGUUUCUCAGGCUCUCAACCGCUGCGUCAACUGCCUUCCUGGCCAACGGGAUGUGGACGCCGCCAUUCGCACGGUGGGCGAGGCCAGCAAGAGGCUCCUGGCUGACUCGGUGAGCCCCUUCCCUUCUCUCUCUGGCUUGGCGGGAGGCGGGGAGGGCAUCCCCUCUGGGGGGUCUGGGCCCUCGAGGAGGCCUGUCUCCUGGCCCCUCAGCACUGGGACCAGUUUAGCAAACUGAGGGGCCCUUGUACAACCCAAGGCAGCGUGUCUGCCCACCCUCCUCUGGGCUGCAGUUAUCCCUCCCCUUUGAAAAUGGCCCCGGCACAACACACCCCGAGAGUCGCACCCUGUCUCGCUCGUGGCUCUAGGGCUGUCCCAUUGACUACCUCUGCAUUAUAAUAAUGAUUUAUUAUUUAUACCCUGCCCAUCUGGCUGGGUUUCCCCAGCAUUAGUGAUCCUGCAGAGCAAAACCCCAUCAGUUACUUAAAGCAUUUCUGUCCUGCUCCUUGUUGUCAAAGCCAUUCUGAGGCAGGAUACAAAUUGUAGAGUCAGAAGGGUCACCCAGGGCUCAUCUAGUCCAGCCUCCUGCAGUGCAGGAAUUACAGCUAGAGAAUCCCCGACAGGCAACCAUGGGAUUUCUGCUUUAAAACCUCCAACGAGGGAAAAUCUGGCCCCUUCUUCCCAGUCGUCCGUCCUGCUGUCCCAUGGAUACAAGAAAACAUUAAUUCACGUCCAUGAAAGGAGCGGUACAAAUAUCAGCACAGAGAGCAGCAGAUCCAUCCCAGCCAAGUAAUACCUGGGCAGGUGGACCUGACUCUUGCUUUUAUCCCUGGUCCAAGGGAAGCCCAGGGCUUGUAUCUGAAGACGGAAGAGGUGCUGCUGUAAUUUAUUCUGGCCAAUAGGCAGUGUCUCUUUGCAUGUCAAGGGAGCGGGGGGGAUAGCCCUGUUGUGAGUCCCGUGCCUGAAGCUGCCUCUCGUUCCCCCCCGCCCUUAAGUUCCCCCCCAGUGGCAAAAACUUCCAGGAGGCCCAGAGUCACCUGAACCAGGCAGCUGCUGGCCUCAACCAGUCGGCCACGGAGCUGGUGCAGGCGUCUCGCGGGACCCCCCAGGACCUGGCCAAGGCCUCCGGCAAGUUCGGCCAAGACUUCAACGAGUUCCUGCAGGCCGGUGUGGAGAUGGCCGGCCAGUCGCCGGUAAGAGACCCCCUCGCGGAGGGAGGGCUGUACGCAGGGGGGCAAAUUGAACCUGUGUGUGUGUGUGUGCACGCAGUGGGGUUAGAGAGGGACUCGGGUGGGCAGUGCCAGGGGACCAUCUUCCCCGGAGGGACGGGCUCUGGAAGAAGGGCAGGCUGCUCAGUCAGGGCUCUGCCAAAAUGUCCAUUUGCCUGGAGGGCAAGGUGGGGAGUCUCACUCUGCUCCUCCAUUCAGGCUCAGCACCUGGCUGGAUUGGGCCUGGGAGCCCUGACAGCUCCCUAGUAAAACAGCAGAUUGGCUUUAUGUGGCUUUUCAACCGUAGUAACGAAAGCAGGUGCAGGUGCUGACUGGAGUGCCCCUCGUCCCAAGGAACGAGUUGAUGCCAAGCUGGUUGGCUGGCAGUGGGGCUGUUGGGUGAAUGCAAGGCCCCCUGGCCUGGGGCGGACGGCCGAGUGACCCCUCCUUCUGCCUCCCUCCCUCCCUUUCUCCCCGCAGUCCAGGGAAGCCCAGGCCCAGGUGGUCUCCAACCUGAAGAGCAUCUCCAUGUCGUCCAGCAAGCUCCUCCUGGCCGCCAAGGCCCUCUCCGCUGACCCUGCGGCCCCCAACCUCAAGAACCAGCUGGCAGCCGCUGCCAGGUAGGGGCUCCCUCCUGCAGGGGGGCGAGGGAGGGGGAUGAGAGUAGGGAAGACUGCUUUGUGUUGUCUCUUGGCUGUGGAAGCUCCUUCCCGGAGUGGCUGGCUGGCCAUGGCUGGGGGGGGGCACAGGGGGGGCUCAUGGGCUGCCUCUGUCCUUGCAGGGCCGUGACGGACAGCAUCAACCAGCUGAUCACCAUGUGCACCCAGCAAGCGCCCGGCCAGAAGGAGUGCGACAACGCCCUGCGGGAGCUGGAGGUAGCCUUCUGUGCAGCGAAGGGGGGUGGGGGCCGCUGUCGGGGGACCACAGCCUGCCAGGCGGGAGGGGAGUCUCCAGGAGGGGCCUGCAGUGGUGGUGGGGGAGCCCUGAGCUGCCUUUCCCCCUCCCCAGACGGUGCGAGAGCUGCUGGAGAAUCCCACGCAGGCCGUCAACGACAUGUCGUACUUCAACUGUCUGGACAGUGUCAUGGAGAACUCCAAGGUGAGUAGGGGGGCUCUCUCUUUUGGGGGGUGGGCAGGGGCUGCUUUCUGUGACCCCAGCCCUGGGAGGCUCCUUGGGGCUCUGCUUCCCCUCCCAGGCCUGGCACCCACCCUCUCCCUCCUUAUUUCUGCAGGUCCUGGGGGAAGCCAUGGCCGGCAUCUCCCAGAAUGCCAAGAACAGCAAGCUGCCCGAGUUUGGCGACUCCAUCAGCACCGCCUCCAAGGCCCUCUGCGGCUUCACGGAAGCGGCUGCCCAGGUAGGGAGGCCACGGGAAAGGAGGGGGUGGGGGCUCUCCUUUUGGGGUGCAGGGAGAGCGUCUGGCUGCUCCGUUGCUCACCCCCCCCCCACCUCUUACGUCUCUUCCUUCUGCUCCCAGGCUGCCUACCUGGUUGGCGUCUCGGACCCCAAUAGCCAGGCAGGACAGCAAGGCUUGGUGGAGCCCACCCAGUUUGCAAGAGCCAACCAAGCCAUCCAGAUGGCCUGCCAGAACCUGAUUGACCCGGCUUGCACCCAGUCCCAGGUGAGCCCUUGGGUGGCGCAUCGCCCAGGCUGUGCAAGGGAGCCAUGGGGUGGGGUGGGGGAGCACAGCCAGAGCCCCUUGUGAGGCAUGUGUGUGUGUUGCUGGUUUAGUCCUUUGUCAAGUCCCGCAAGGGGCCAGGAUGGAAGCCAGCUGCAUAUGUUGACGGUGCCGUAAGAAGGGGGCACCUCGGACUGGGAGGUUGGAGACCUGCUGUGGUGGCGAGGCUUCAGCCGGGGUCCAAAAGUGGGGAAGGAAGGAAGGGUUUUCCUGUGCCCUGUGCCACGAGUCUCCACAUGCCCAUCUCCAGGGGCCAGGCAGGAGGACUUGCAGGCCCCCCACCUCCCUGGCUGCCGUCCGCCUGCCGUGGCCUAACGUGGAGGACCCUCCGCUGCCUCCCGCAGGUCCUCUCAGCCGCCACCAUCGUGGCCAAGCACACCUCUGCCCUCUGCAACACCUGCCGGCUGGCCUCAUCUCGCACCGCCAACCCAGUGGCCAAGCGCCAGUUUGUCCAGUCUGCCAAGGAGGUGGCCAACAGCACCGCCAACCUGGUCAAGACCAUCAAGGUACUUGAUUGACAGGUGUCGGGGCACGUGGGUGGGAUGACACUGUGAUGAGCCUGGGAAGGGGGAAGCCCUCCUUUCUCUCUCUCUUUCUCUGUUCCCCUCUAAAUCUUUUUCUCUUUUCUCCCUCUCUUUCUCUCCCUCUUUCUUUUGUGUUUUCUCUCCCCCACCCCACCCCAUCUCUUUCUCUUUCUCAAGCUCUCUCUCCCCCCCUUUUUUCUCUGGUCAAGGGCAAGCAUUGGUGAGGCAGCCCCUCCCUGGCCUUGCUCUGCCACCACCAGCUCCCAAGGGAAAGCUCCCCCUGUUUCCCCACGCCAGUCUCUGGGGUUCAGCCCGUGAAGCGGCGUGGGGAGCCGGUCUUGAGCCAGGAGCCGGAGCUCUGAAAGGGGGCUUAGGGGCUGUGAUACAGAGUGGAAAGGGGUCCUUCGUCCUUCACACGAGGACUAGUGAUUAGAGAUUAGAUCAUUACCUUCAUGAACACAAAAAUGAAGGAGAAAAGCCUCAGAGCCAGGCUGGACAAUUUGCUGGUGCAGCCGCUGGACGUCAAAGGAGACUCAUUUCUGUCGCUGCGCCAGUAGAUUUGCCUGCCAGGAACGGAGCUGCUGGCUGAGCAAUCCCAGAAGUAUUUGGCAUCUGACAAAAAGCAGAUUCAGGGGAGGGGUGGCGCUGGCUGGAGCUGAAGGAUUCGACCCAAAGGGCCUGGUCCUUCUCAUGGGGAGCUCAGGGGAUCGUGUCCCUGGAGGAGCUGCUGGAGUGGGGAGUCCACCUUGGCAGCCCCACGUCCUCUUGGGCCGUGGGCUUAAUCUGUGGGGAGGAAGCCCAAAGGCCAGUGCUGCCCGUCCCUCUGUCCUUCCCUGCAGGCUCUGGACGGCGCUUUCACCCCAGAGAACCGGGAGCGCUGCCGCGAGGCCACUUCCCCCCUCAUUGAGGCUGUGGACAACCUGACCGCCUUUGCCUCCAACCCAGAGUUUGCUACCGUUCCUGCUCAGAUCAGCCCAGAGGUAAGUCGGGGGGCAGGACCCAGUCAGGGCCUGGUGGGGAGAUAUUUCCUCUGCUGCCAAGGGCAGCAUCCUUUUCGGGGGAGCAGGGAGUUAGACUUGGUGGGGGGCUUCUCAGAGCCCCAGCUGUGCCCCCACUUGCUCACCAGCUUCCCCUUGACCACCUGGCGCUCCCCCCACCCCUGCAGGGGCGCAGAGCCAUGGAGCCCAUCAUCUCCUCUGCCAAGACCAUGCUGGAGAGCUCCGCCGGCCUCAUCCAGACAGCUCGCUCUCUGGCCGUCAACCCAAAGGACCCACCCAAGUGGUCAGUGCUGGCCGGACACUCGCGGACCGUCUCCGAUUCCAUCAAGAAGCUCAUCACCAACAUGAGGUGAGAACCACAGCUGCCGGGUGGGGGUGCCGGGUGCCCGCCAUGCCUUCCCGCGCUGCCAGGGCUGUGCCAGGGGGAGGGUGUUGGCCACUCUGGGUGUUUGGUGGGUUCAGCCACGCUGAUGGUCUGCCCUCCUCCUGGCAGAGACAAGGCUCCUGGCCAGCGGGAAUGCGACGAGGCCAUUGAGCUGCUGACCAAGUGCAUUCGGGACGUGGACCAGGCGUCCUUGGCCGCCAUCAGCCAGCAGUUGGCACCUCGCGAGGGCAUUUCUCAGGAGGUGAGUGAGCGAGUAAUAAUAAUUUAUUAUUGAUACCCCGCCCAUCUGGCUGCGUUUCCCCACUCUGGGCAGCUUCCAACAAAAUAUUAAAAAUACAUUAAAACAUCAGUCAUUAAAAACUUUCCUAAACAGGGCUGACAUCAGAUGUCAUCUGAUGGGAGGGCAUUCCACAGGGCGGGUUUCAUUACCAAGAAGGCCCUCUGCCUGGUUCCCUGUAAUCUCGCUUCUCGCAAGGAGAGAACCACCAGAAGGCCCUCGGAGCUGGACCUCAGUGUCCGGGCAGAACGAUGGGGGUGGAGACGCUCCUUCAGGUAUACUGGGCCGAGGUCGUUUAGGGCUUUAAAGUUCAGCACCAACACUUUGAAUUGUGCUCAGAAACGUACUGGGAGCCAAUGUAGGUCUUUCAAGGCCGAUGUUAUGUGGUCCCGGUGGCUGCUCCCAGUCACCAGUCUAGCUGCCGCAUUCUGGAUUAACUGCAGUUUCCGGGUCACGUUCAAAGGUAGCCCCACGUAGGUCGCAUUGCAGUAGUCCAAGCAGGAGAUAACCAGAGCAUGCACCACUCUGGGCAGACUGCGGGCACGUGGGGUCUCAGCCUGCGUACCAGCUACCAUGGAGCUGGUAGCUGUCCAGGACACAGAAUUGACCUCCAUGGACAGCUGUGAGUCCAAAAUAACUCUCAGGUGGCGCACCUGGUCCUUCAGGUGCACAGUUGCCCCAUUCAGGACCAGGGAGUCCCCCACAUCUGCCCGCCUCCUGUCACCCAAAAACAGUACUUCUGUCUUGUCAGGAUUCAACCUCAAUCCAUUAGCCGCCAUCCAGGAUGCCAGUGGUGGGCAGGAGACCAGUCAUUGGAAUAGGAAACAUCCUUUCACUGGUGAAAAACAGGCCCACAGCCCACAUGGGACAAAUCCUGCCCAGUCCCUUUGCUGUGCCUGCAACACCUUCCCAGUCAGGAGCUGCCCCUGUGGGCCAGGGGGAUUGCUGGGCUCUAGUGUUUGUGGGGAGGGGGAACCUGUGGGGCUCUGACUCUGAACAGCUGGGUCUUCCCCACUCAUGGCAUCAGGCUUCGUGCCCCCUUCCCCAAAUGGGCCUGCCAGGAACUCUCCCUCCCUCCCUUCUCCCUCGCAGGCCUUGCACAACCAGAUGCUCACGGCCGUCCAGGAGAUCAACAACCUCAUUGAGCCGGUGGCUGGGGCAGCUCGAGCCGAGGCCUCCCAGCUGGGGCACAAGGUAAGAAGAUGGGGGGCUGGUGGGGGGCAGGGAUGGGGGGGUGCUGGAAGAAGGCAGAGCCAAGGGCUGCCUAACGAGAGUUGCUGGUGGGGAAGGGCCAGAGCAGCUGCUGGGCAGGCAGAAGGUUCCUGCUUCCAUCCCCACUGGCAGCCCACCUGCCUGAAUCCCUGCAGAGCCACUGCUGCCAGCCUGUGCAGGAAGCCCUGUGCCAGGGGGGCCAGUGGCCUGGCUUGGGCUCUUCCUGUGAGGGAUGAUGGCAUAUUGGGAGUGAGGAAGAAUACCAGCAAGCAAAGGGGAGGCUUUGGACCUCUGGUGCCAGAGAGGGGACUUCUGUGGGCCUGGGAUUCUGGAAGGAGCUGCGGGCGGGAGAGCGAAGGCCAGUCCAGCUGCCCUGGCAUUGAGGGCGAGGCCUUAGGUGUGGCCAGAGAUCUCUUCUCCAGGGUCCCUGGCGUACCUGAGGCUUUGCCUUCAAUGCCAUGGCAACCAGGCUGAUGAGCAAAGCAGCAAACUCAGUCCAGAAGGGGUGCUUGGCCCCUGGCACUCACUGGGGAGAUCUCCUGCCCUCCUGUGGCACAGAGUGGCAUGCCAGGGGUUCUCCUGGCAGACUCUUCAGGCUGCUGAAGGGAAGUGCCAGAGCAGCCCCUUUGCCUCUCCUUCCUCCUCCUCUGCCUCCCUCCUUACGGUUCUCCUCUUCUGCUGAGGUUUUGCUCAUUGUGACUGAAUCACACAGCAAAAGCCGUUGAGGGGUGUCCUCUCUCAGACGUGGCCCUCUUCUGCACCCAGGGUGCCUGAGGCAGGAGCUGCAGGAGGGCUGGCCUCCCUGGCGCUGUGUGCCCCCUGCCAGGGAGACGGGGAUUCCCCCCGUUCACCUGCCCCUUCUCUCCCUCCAGGUCUCUCAGCUGGCUCAGUACUUUCAGCCGCUGGUUCUGGCGGCCGUGGGGGCUGCCUCCAAGACCCUCAACAGCCAGCAGCAGAUGAACCUCCUGGACCAGACGAAGACGCUGGCAGAGUCAGCCCUGCAGAUGCUCUACACGGCCAAGGAGGCCGGAGGGAACCCCAAGGUGCCAGCCAGUGUGGUGUAGUGGCUCAGAGCGGUAGUCUCCUAAUCUGGGGAACCGGGUUCGCGUCUCCGCUCCUCCACCUGCAGCUGCUGGGUGACCUUGGGCCAGUCACACUUCUCUGAAGUCUCUCAGCCCCACUCACCUCACAGAGUGUUUGUUGUGGGGGAGGAAGGGGAAGGAGAAUGUGAGCCGCUUUGAGACUCCUGAAGGGGAGUGAAAGGCGGGAUAUCAAAUCCAAACUCCUCCUCUUCUUCUUCUUCUGGGGCAGGGAGAGGGAGGCUGGCUCUGCCGUUCCCAGAGGGGCCUGCCGGGCAGGUGGGGAGCGCCACACCAGUGUCGCUCAGAUGGGAAUGAUGAGCAGCGAGGCGCUUCUGAGCGAGCAGGUGAUGCAUCGCCUUCUCCCCCCACAGCAAGCAGCCCACACGCAGGAAGCCCUCGAGGAGUCUGCGCAGAUGAUGAAGGAGGCCGUGGAGGACCUGACGGCCACCCUGAACGAGGCGGCCAGCGCGGCAGGCGUGGUUGGCGGCAUGGUGGACUCCAUCACUCAAGCCAUCAACCAGGUGCGACUCCUUCCCCAGAGCGCAACCCCCCUUUGACUUUUAAUGGGCCCCCCCAAAGGGGAGGGGAGAAGGCAGGGAGGUCUGUUCCCCCCUCCUCGUCACACGCAGGACUGUUUCUUCGGCUGCAGUUUUCUGCUUCCCACAAAAAUGCUCUUUGUCCCACUCCACCGUAGCGGAAUUUUACAUAAUUGCCUAAUUACACUACAGUUGAAGAUUAGGGGGAAUGUUAUCAAUUGUGUAUCAUUUGCAGACUAAAAGAGUAGCAAAAGCAAAUCCUGAUUGUGUUUGCUGCAUUCACAUUAAGAUUUUUAUUUGAAGAUUUCGUAAUAUGGUAAGAUAUAGAAAACUAACGUAAAUAAAAGCAGAAAUGAAAACAGCUACCAGAACAAGAAAGAAAGAAACAGGAAGAAAGGAAAGAGAGAGAAAAAGGAAAGCAAAGGAAAAGAGAGAGAAAGCGGAAAGAUACAAUUAAAAAAGAUAAAAAGGACCUCCAAUUUUCCAUCCACCAGUUACAUAAAAAAUGUUAUUUAAGACAUUCUGUCCAUGAUAACAUCCAUCUUCUCCACUUUCUGUGCAGUAAUAUUUAUUCUGAGUCCACGUGUCUCAAAAUCAUUCAUUUCUUUUUCCCACGAAAAUCCAAGAGGGGUUUCCAAAUUAUUAUUAUUAUUAGUCAUUGUCAACUGUGUUUUUUCAUUCAUAUCUAUCUUUCCAUUUAUUAUUUUAUCUUUCCCUUUUCCUCCAAGCCCCCAGAUGAAAGGCAUUUCCAUUUCACCACCUGCUUUCUCCAGUCUUACCAACUUUUCAUCGAUUUUGUCUGAAAUCUAAUCUCCGGUUCCAUUUUUCAUUUCAUAUCUCUCUGAUUCUUUUUCUUUUCCCUUUUCAUGAAACAUCAAUCUGAUCAUUUCUAUUUUUUUUUAUAAGAUAUUUAUUAAGGUUUUUUGAAAUAUUAUAGUGAAAAUGAAAAAGAAAAAAGAAAAAUACAAAAUAAAAACAGUUAAAAACACACAUAUUUUCUAUUACUUAUUUUCCUUUAGCUUGUUUCCCGGACCUCCUCGUACCUCCCUUUUUUGUAUUCCACUUCAAUUUAUUGGUUCAGCAAAUCCUUACCAUUAGAUUUUAACCCAUUUAUAACCCUUUUUUCAUAUUCUCUUAGAACAUUACAGCUGGAAACCGCUUAAUUACUAUCCAGCAUCAUUCUAUCAUUCAUUAAUUUUACAACAUUUCUGUAAAUAGUCUUUAAAUUUCUUCCAAUCUUCUUCCACCGACUCUUCUCCCUGGUCUCGGAUUCUGCCAGUCAUUUCUGCCAAUUCCAUAUAGUCCAUCACCUUCAUCUGCCAUUCUUCCAAAGUGGGUAGAUCUUGUGUCUUCCAAUACUUUGCAAUGAGUAUUCUUGCUGCUGUUGUAGCAUACAUAAAAAUAGUUCUGUCCUUCUUUGGCACCAAUUGGCCGACAGUGCCCAGAAGAAAGGCCUCUGGUUUCUUCAAGAAGGUAUAUUUAAAUACCUUUUUCAGUUCAUUAUAUAUCAUUUCCCAGAAAGCCUUAAUCCUUGGGCACAUCCACCAAAGGUGAAAGAAUGUACCUUCAGUUUCUUUACAUUUCCAGCAUUUAUUGUUGGGCAAAUGAUAGAUUUUUGCAAGCUUGACUGGGGUCAUGUACCACCUGUAUAUCAUUUUCAUAAUAUUCUCUCUUAGGGCAUUACAUGCCGUAAACUUCAUACCUGUGGUCCAUAACUGUUCCCAGUCAGCAAACAUAAUAUUAUGUCCAACAUCUUGUGCCCAUUUAAUCAUAGCAGAUUUCACCGUUUCAUCCUGAGUAUUCCAUUUCAACAGCAAGUUAUACAUUCUUGACAAAUUCUUAGUUUUGGGUUCUAACAGUUCUGUUUCUAGUUUUGAUUUUUCCACCUGGAAGCCAAUUUUCUUAUCCAAAUUAUAUGCCUCCAUUAUCUGAUAAUAAUGAAGCCAAUCUCUCACUUUGUUUUUUAGUUUCUCGAAACUCUGCAAUUUCAAUUUGUCUCCUUCUUGUUCCAAAAUUUCCCAAUAUUUCGGCCAUUUGGCCUCCAUAUUGAGCCUUUUCAGAGCUUUCGCUUCCAUCGGUGACGACCACCUUGGGGUUUUAUUUUCCAAUAAAUCCUUGUAUCUUAUCCAAACAUUAAACAGUGCUUUCCUGACAAUAUGAUUUUUAAAUGCUUUAUGUGCUUUGACCUUAUCAUACCAUAAAUAUGCAUGCCAUCCAAAUACGUUGUUAAAACCUUCUAAAUCCAAAAUGUCUGUAUUUUCAAGAAGUAGCCAUUCUUUCAACCAGCAAAAAGCUGCUGAUUCAUAAUAAAGUUUAAAGUCUGGCAGGGCAAAUCCACCUCUUUCCUUUGCAUCAGUGAAUAUCUUAAAUUUUAUUCUGGGCUUCUUGCCCUGCCAGACAAAUCUAGAAAUAUCUCUCUGCCACUUCUUGAAACAGUCCAUCUUGUCCACAAUUUGCAAUGUCUGAAACAAAAACAACAUUCUAGGCAAUACAUUCAUUUUUAUCACAGCAAUACGACCCAACAGUGAAAGCUUCAAAUUUGACCAGAUUUCUAAAUCUUUUUCACUUCCGUCCAACAUUUUUCAUAAUUAUCUUUAAAUAAGUUCCCAUUUUUGGCUGUCAUAUUAAUCCCCAGGUAUUUCACUUUCUUAACCACAGUCAGGCCUGUCUCAUUCUGAAACCUCUCUCUUUCAAUCGGUGUUAAAUUUUUCUCUAAAACCUUAGUUUUUAGCUUGUUCAAUUUAAAUCUUGCCACUUGACCAAAUUCUUGAAUUAAUUCUAAAACCCUUUUAGUACUAGAUUCUGGCUCCUGUAACGUCAAUACUAAGUCAACUGCAAAUGCUCUCAGCAAUCUGAUCAUUUCUAAUUGUUCAGCCAUCAACUGCCGAAUAAUACCAACAGUCACUGGGGAAGCCAAAGAUAUAUUUGCCAAACUGGAUACUUUGGAUGUUUUUGAUGUUAUUAACAACUCAAUCUUUUCAUAAUUCCCGACUCUAAGAUUUCCACCUUAAGAUCACUGUCACUACAAUAGUCUUUUCCCACACAGGAAAUAAUGGCCAUCUUUCUUUCAGUUCCCAGUUUCUUCUUUUGAAAGAAAAACAAAUAUUGAUUUUUCACAUGAGGAAUUCCCUCAUAUGUUUAAUCUUUAUUGUCAACCAUAAAUCAGGCUUUAUGUGGCGUUUGAACAUGAUGUCAGUUCCUUGGCUCAAACAGCCUUGGUCAGAGCAUUUGCGUGACUUUAACGCAGAGUGAUUUGAUCACCAGACCUUCUGUCUGAUUGCUGUCAAUCACCACGUAAUGAUCUGUCAGCAGAGAUCAGUCAGAAAGAGAUCAAUCUGCCCUUUCCUCUCCCCGGAAGUUGGUUGUGUUUGCUGGAUUCAUUUCCACUUUGGACAUGGAACAAGUAAUCAGACCACGUCUGCUCCCUUUUACGUUGAAAUUCCUGGUGCCUUUGUUCCAACCCACCACCUUGGAUUUAUACGGCACUCCCUGCCGGGCUUCCCCAGGAAGUUCCCUCCCCCCACAGGGUUGUCUCCAGGAAGGCCUUGGGAGCUUCUUGGGUGCCUCUUGGGUCCAGGGGUGGGCCUCCUACUGCAGAGGCAGCAGAGGCCAGGGUGCUUCCAGGGCCAGCAGUGGAGCUCAGCCGCUUGGGGGUCAGAGGCAGCCUUGGUGUCCUCUGAAAGGAGAUGUUUCUCUUUCUUCCCGCCCAGCUGGAUGAAGGCCCCGUGGGAGAGCCAGAGGGGACUUUUGUGGACUACCAGACCACCAUGGUGAAGACCGCCAAGGCCAUUGCUGUGACCGUCCAGGAGAUGGUGAGGCAUUGGGGGUGUUGUGGGGGAGGCCUCCGUGGGGAGAUCUGGGCCAGGCCCCUUUGAGAACCCGCCUCUUCCUUCCGCCACCUGGCCAGACUGCCUUCUGCCAGGAUUUGGGGGUGCCUCUCUCUUCUUCCCCCUUCAACUGCCCCUACCCUCUUCCAGGUCACCAAAUCCACCACCAACCCGGACGAACUGGGCACCUUGGCCAACCAGCUCACCAGCGACUACGGACAGCUGGCGCUCCAGGCUAAGCCGGCUGCCAUCACGGCUGAGAAUGAUGAGGUGAGGGGGGGGGACGUCCCUGGUGGUUGGGCAGUGGGACAGGGAUGUGGUGGGGAGCUGGUUGAUUUGCCCAGAGCUGUGAGCCUCAGGCUGGCAGGGCAUCAAACGUUGGGUUCUUCUUGCUCUUCCUGAACCCAGAAGGCUGAGAAGGACCUUGUUGCCUCUGGCGGCUGGAAUGGGGAAAGGGGUGGUUGGAGGUCAGGUGGGGCUGGGGGAGAGAAGCAGCAGCCGCACACGGAGGUGUGGGCAGAAGAUGAGCGCCACACAGCCAGGCUCCCACAGCCUUCUUUCCCCUCCAGAUUGGCUCCCACAUAAAGAACCGGGUACAGGAGUUGGGCCACGGCUGUGCGGCGCUGGUGACGAAGGCGGGAGCCCUCCAGUGCAGCCCCAGCGACACCUACACCAAGAAGGAGCUGAUUGAGUGCGCCCGCAGGGUCUCCGAGAAGGUGCCUGCCUGCCUGGGCUGGGGGGGGGAGGGAGGCCAGGGCGCAGUGGCACCAGCACCCAGUGGCCUCUGGGCAGAGGAGCUGGUUCUGCUGGCUGGGCUCUCCCCUCGGAGGUUGGAGGCAGCAGUGGCUGGAAACGAGUGGCUCUCGUGCUCAGAUCCUGCUUACUGGUUUCCCUUUGGUCGGCCACUGUGGGAACAGGAUGCUGGGCUAGAGGGACCACUGGCCGGAUCCAGCAGAUCCCCUCCUAACAUUUUCCCACACCAACACACGCCUGCAUUGUCUCCUCCCCCUGGGAUCUUCUCCUGGGACCGUGCUGGGGGUCAGCCCAGUGCCGAUGGGAGGCCAGCUGUCCUGUCUCCCUCCGCAGGUGUCGCACGUCUUGGCCGCCCUCCAGGCAGGCAACCGGGGAACCCAGGCCUGCAUCACAGCGGCCAGCGCUGUCUCUGGCAUCAUCGCGGAUCUGGACACCACCAUCAUGUUUGCCACAGCCGGGACCCUCAACCGCGAAAACGCAGAGACCUUUGCCGACCACAGGUAGUGGCCCCCAGCGGUUCCCGUGUGGCCUCCAACAGGCCUUCCAGAAUUCCUGGCCACCUCUUAACCCCUCCCACCCCACUUCUUUGGCAGGGAGGGCAUCCUGAAGACGGCCAAGGCGCUGGUGGAGGACACCAAGGUCCUGGUGCAGAACGCCACGGCCAGCCAGGAGAAGCUGGCACAGGCUGCCCAGUCCUCUGUGGCCACCAUCACACGCCUCUCCGAGGUGGUGAAGCUGGGGGCCGCCAGCCUGGGCUCCGAGGACCCCGAGACGCAGGUAAGGGCCACAAUGGCGGGGUCACCCCUCUCCUUGGGUCUGUCCUUCUGUUGACCAUCUGAUGGCUCUUGCUCUCGAAUCCUGCUUGCUGGCUUCCCUUGGGCCUGAUCCAGCUGCAGGCUCUGCUCAUGUCCUCCUUCUCUCCUCUCUGCGCUCAGGUGGUCUUGAUCAAUGCCGUGAAGGACGUGGCCAAGGCCCUUGGGGACCUGAUCAGCGCCACCAAGGCUGCUGCGGGCAAGUCUGGCGAUGACCCGGCCGUUUACCAGCUGAAGAACUCAGCCAAGGUGGGAGACUCUGCAGCAGCUCAUGGGCAUGUGUGGGGGGCAGAGUGGGGUGUGUAGGGAAAGCAGGCUCCUCAGAAGGGGGCGGGCUCUCCUUCCUUGGGGUUUUUUAAGCAGAGCUUCCACCUCUCUGGGAUGAUUUGGUUGUGACAUGGUAGGGGUUGUACUGGAUGACCCCCAGGGGUCCCUUCCCCCUCUGCAAUGCUUAGAUUCUAUGGCCACCCAAGGGAGGAAGUUCCCCAGGGCUGUAGGGAGCAGGGAGCCCUCUUCCUCCCCCCCCUCCAAAGGUCACCCUUUUCUGCUUGGCAGGUGAUGGUCACCAACGUCACGUCGCUGCUGAAGACGGUGAAGGCCGUGGAGGACGAAGCCACCAAGGGGACCCGAGCGCUGGAAGCCACAAUUGAGCACAUCCGCCAGGAGCUUGCGGUGAGUGCGUUGGCGGGAGGGGGGCUGGGGCUGCUGCCCCCUUGCUCUGCCCCACCCUCUACCUCCUCUCCCGGCCAGGCUGACCACCUCCCGUCCCCCGCAGGUCUUCUGCUCCCAGGUGCCGCCCGCCAAGACCUCAACGCCGGAGGACUUCAUCCGCAUGACCAAAGGCAUCACCAUGGCGACUGCCAAGGCUGUGGCAGCUGGCAACUCGUGCCGGCAGGAGGACGUGAUCGCCACGGCCAACCUGAGCCGCCGCGCCAUUGCCGACAUGCUGCGCUCUUGCAAGGUGGGGAGCGGAGGGGCGUGCUCACGGUGGGGGGAGCUGAAGGGGGACAUCCUUGGAAACAGGUGGGGCAAGCUCACAGGACCCCCUUGGACAGUCAUCGGAGGAUGGGGGGCAGUGCAUUUACGAGGCUCCAGGUGCGAAUCCUGAAUUUCUGAGGGUUGGACUAGAAUAGGGUUGCCUUAUUUUAAAGAGCGAAAAAGAGGACAUGGAGCCCCCGCACCUUCCAUGGCACGCACACACUGGGCACAUUGUGCCCAGAAACAUUUCUCCAGUGAAAAUAGGGACAUCAUCUUCAAUAAUAAUAAUUUUAUUAUUUAUACCUCGCCCACCCAACUGGGUUGCCCCAGCCACUCUGGGUGGCUUCCAACAUACACAAAAACAUAAUCAAACAUGGAACAUUUCUAAUCUUCCCUGCACAGGGCUGCCUUCAGAUGCCUUCUAAAGGUUGUAUAGUCACUUAUCUCCUUGGUUUGGGGGUCACAUAAGGGCAAGAAGAAAUACAAUAUGAAGAUCCAAGCAGAACGGUGACCAAAGGAAAGGAGCAAACUUUUAGGGGGGAAAUGGGGUGCCCAGUGCUUCCGCCAUUUCCUCCACUCUCCCCCCCAAACCCCCAGCACUUUCUUUUCUAGGUUCUUCAGUCUGCUAAGAUUUUGAGAUGUAUAAAAUAGGGCACACACCCCACACACAAAAAUGGGGAGGGGGGCUUUCCGUGGCCUUCCAUGAGAGCUGUGUAUUUUAACUUACAUUCAAGAAUUGUGUUUAGAGGUACCCAAGGUGAUUUGGUUCAUCUCCAAAUGCCCCCCAAAGCUUUUAAUUAGGACAGAGAGAGCGGGGGGGGGGGUCCUCUUUACUUGCCAGCGCUCUGUUUCUUUUCUUAGAUCUUUCUGAUAUUGCAAAAUAGAGUUGGCUUCAUUGCAAUCAAUGGACAAGGCCCUGGGGUGGGGAAGGGGAGCCAGAGCAAGAAGGUGCCAGCAGAGACCCUCCUCCAGGGAGUUUUUCCCACCUGCCCAGGGGCAGCUUCCUGGGCACCAGUAUGGCCAACAUCUCAGAGAGGUCUAGGACCGACCUGCCGUUUGAUGAUGAGCCCAGUCCCCAAAUGCACCAUGCAGGCGCACUGUAGAAAUAGGAAAAGGUUAAGAGUGAUCCUCGCACGCACACUUCCUGGCUCUGUUUGCAAGAACCCAGACAUUUUGGCAAAUUCAAAAAAUCCGCCCAGACUGAGAUGUUGCACCCCAAAAAGAAGACCUGUCUGGAGAAACCAGACAUGUGUCAACCCUGUCAAUUCCACAAUUCUACAAUUCAAAGGAGGCUCGGCCAGGAUCUUGGAAGAGCUGCUAAGCCAGAGGGGCUCUCCGGACCCAGCGUGGCUCUGGAUGCUUCUCUCCUGUGCCCAGCAAACCUGCGCCCAGUGCCCCAGCCCUGGCACCACCCUGCCAGGCUCCUGCAUUAGGCUGUUUCUCACCCAUGGGGCUUUUGCAGGAGGCUGCCUACCACCCAGAGGCCAACGCGGAGGUUCGGCAGCGGGCGCUGCGCUUUGGCAAGGAGUGUGCCAACGGUUACCUGGAGCUGCUGGAGCACGUGCUGGUGGUGAGUGCGUGUGCCUCCCUCUGCCCUGUACCCUGCGUGGCGGAGGCUGGAUCUCGGGGCGGGGGCCCUUUGCCCCCCCAGCAGCCUCCUCCUCCUCCUCCUCCCUGCUCACCCCCUUUCUCUUCUCUCUCCUCUCUCUUUCUUUCUCUUCUGGGCAGCCUGUGAGUAUGGAGUGCCCUGCAUGGGAGUGUGUGGCACCUGGGGGUGUGUGCUCACGCGCAUGGGGGGGGGAGUCUCCUGGCAGAAGUAAGGGGUGAGCCAGGCUCUCCUGCCCCCCUUAACUCUGGGCCCUUGCUGUGUGCCUGCCGUUCUGCUGUGCUGUGUUGGAUUCUGGGAUGCCGUGGUGAAUAACCGCUGGGAGCCAGUCCCGGCUGCAGUGUGGCUAACAUCUCACUUGGGUCAGGGUUGGGCAGUGGUGUUCUGGGUUCUAAUCCCGGCUCAGCCAUGACUAGCCUGAGCCGGCAGCUCUGCCUGCCUCUCUGUGUUGGGGGGAGGAGGGGCAAAAGAAGGUCUUCCCACUCUCAGGGGUGCGGCCCAGAAGGUUCCUUGUCACCCAGGGUCAGGGCAGCCGGGAUUUCUGCACUGCAAAGGGUUGGACUAGAUGAGCCCUUGGGGUCCCUUUAAAUCUUGCAAUUCUGAGAUCUGAGGCCAAGCAGUCUCCCUUAGAGGUGUCAUUGAAAUUCUACUCGAUAUUGAUCCAGAGCAGAACUCUGAUGUGUAGUUAGCAGAGCAACAAGCACGUUGCAGAUUCCCAAAAAAUAGACCGGAGGCAAUUAUAUUUCAUCCAGCAGAGCUUUACUGCUCCUGGAGGCAAAUGAGCAGAAUGGUCACAAAUCCAAUACAUUCAGGAUUGGCCCUGUCCAUAAGAAAUCCAUGUGCAGCAGACUUAACUUAAACUUACACUAAUUUAUAAUAAGUCUAAAGCAUAACACUAAGCAUACUAUGUACAGAACACCAGAAGGAAGAGAGACAGAAAGUGAAAAACAGGCUCUUUCUGGCCUCUUAUUAUAGUCAGCAUGACAGAAGGGAUAAGAGAACCAGUUCAGGAACCCUCUGCUUGUUUCUUUCACACAGAGAUGCUUCCAGAACCCUCUUGAAUUCAGUAGAAUAGGAAGGAUCUCUGCACAUCAGAUCAAUACUUUCUGCACUAAGAAAUGCAAACUGUCAAGAGGUGCCCAGGCUGCUCCAGGGGAGGCAGCUUCUGGGUCUCCCUGACCCCUCGCCCUGCUGCUGCUGGGCAGCUCAUGGAGCCGGGAAGUCUGUGUGGCCUUGAACCUCCAUUGCUCUUCUUUCCACCUUCUCCCCUCCCUGGAAAACUGCCCCCUCCCUCCUUCAGCCUCUUGCACCUUCCUUGCCCCUUUCCCCAGGCUUCCUUUGGACUUUCCUCUUCACCCCCUGCACCCCCGGGGGGCUUCCCUUGUGGUUCUUUCCAGGGUGCCUGGGAAUGGGCAGCCCAUGUCUUCCACGGCCCCCACCCCUGGGUGCCCUGCUGCAGGCGAGCCCCUGCCAGGGGGGACCCUCCCCUCCCCAAGACACGCGCCGCCUUCCGCCCUCCCCCUGUAGGUCUGGGCAAGGCUCACCCCUUGUCUACCCCCCCCCCCGAUCUUGCUCCAGAUCCUCCAGAAACCCAGCCAUGACCUGAAGCAGCAGCUGGCUGCGUACUCCAAGCGAGUGGCCGGCUCGGUGACGGAGCUCAUCCAGGCAGCGGAGGCCAUGAAAGGUGGGUGGUUCCCCCGGGCGAGGCCCCCUGCUUCCCCUCUCUGGAAAGGACCCCUCUGAAACAGGAGAAAGAAAUGCCCACCUGAACAAAAUGGGUGGGGUCUUGUUGGGGCUCCUGGGGGAGGGAGGAAUGGCUCUCUGCCCCCCUGACUCCUGCUUCCCUCUCCCACCAGGGACGGAAUGGGUGGACCCUGAGGAUCCCACCGUCAUCGCAGAGAACGAGCUGCUGGGCGCCGCUGCUGCCAUUGAGGCUGCCGCCAAGAAGCUGGAGCAGCUGAAGCCGCGUGCAAAGCCCAAGGUGGGUAGCUGGGCUGCCCCCAGGAGGUCCCCUGGGCCCCCCGGAUGCCACCCUCAUCCCCUCACCCGUCUGCCCAGGGGCUGCUGCUGGAGGCCACCCUAGUCCCUCCCAGGGGUCUGUUGGCCUGGUCUCUGAAUGUGGGGUUUGGGGGUGCUUCGAAAUCCUGCAACAAUGGCAGGUGAUCCCGCCCUCCCCUUUCUCCCCGCUGACUCUGCUCUCCCCCCAACAGCAGGCAGAUGAGAGCCUGAACUUUGAGGAGCAGAUUCUGGAGGCUGCCAAGUCCAUUGCGGCCGCAACCAGUGCCUUGGUGAAAGCAGCCUCAGCCGCCCAGAGAGAGCUGGUGGCCCAAGGGAAGGUGAGUCCUGUGGACUGGGGGGGGGGGGGAACCAGUGGCUCAAUUUCUCCUGUCCUGCCCUCUAUAAAGAUCUGAGGAAUGAGAUCAUCACCCCACUCUUACUCACCAUCCCAGGCCGCCCAUCUGAGGCCACAUUGUUCUUUCUUUUAUCGGAUCAAAAUGAUCGGACAACAGCGAAGGUUGCUAGGUUUAUCGAGGGUGCAGUGAGAUUAAGGGCCACUAUCUGAACGAUAAUCUUGGUCAUUUGAUUGCCCUUUAUACCCAUUGCUGUCUUUUUUUAUUUGUACAGUGGUGCCUCGCAAGACGAAAUUAAUCCGUUCCGCGAGUGUCUUCAUCUAGCGGUUUUUUCGUCUUGAGAAGCAACCCUAUUAGCGGAUUAGUGGAUUAGCGCUAUUAGCGGUUUAGCGGCUAUUAAAGGCUUAGCGGCUUAGCGGCUUAGCUGCUAAAAGGCUAUUAGCGGCUUAGCGGCUUAGAAAAAGGGGGGGAAAGCGGGAAAAAAUCGCAAGACUCGCAAGACAUUUUCGUCUUGCGAAGCAAGCCCAUAGGGAAAUUCGUCCUGCGAAGCAACUCAAAAGCGGAAAACCCUUUCGUCUAGCGGGUUUUCCGUCUUGUGAGGCAUUCGUCUUGCGGGGCACCACUGUAUAUAUUUUAUUUGUAUAUAUUGCUUGUUUUAAGUUGCUAUGGCCGUUGGCUAAUGCGAAUAAAGUUUAUCUAUCUAUCUAUCUGGGGGAGGCCUGGCCUCCUGCGGACCCUCUGGUCUCACCCCCCUCCGCCUUCUUUGUUGCCAGGUGGGUGCCAUCCCUGCCAACGCCCUGGACGACGGGCAGUGGUCCCAGGGCCUCAUUUCAGCAGUGAGUACGAAGGGGACCAAAGGGGGGGGGGAGAAGGAGGCUCCUUUUCUCCUGCGGGGGCUGCAGUCCCCACCUGCAGCCGCUUUGCAGGGGGCCUGGGGGAGCUGCCGGCCGGCUUCCCCCUCCGCUCACUGGCUUUCCUUCCUCCCCUGCCAAGGCGCGGAUGGUGGCCGCUGCCACCAACAACCUGUGUGAGGCGGCCAAUGCGGCUGUGCAGGGCCACGCCAGCGAGGAGAAGCUCAUCUCCUCCGCCAAGCAGGUGGCCGCCUCCACCGCCCAGCUGCUGGUGGCUUGCAAGGUCAAGGCGGAUCAGGACUCGGAGGCCAUGAAGCGCCUGCAGGUGAGCAAGCGGGGAGGCCGGGGGGCGUGCGGCCUCGGGCGCAGGGAGGGGACCGCGUGGCUGAUGCUGCCCACCUGCCUUGUGCCCUUGCAGCACAGUCCUGGGAGGUGGUACAGGACGGCCUUUGCUCUGAGUUUUCCCAUGGGGGGCCCUCGUUUUAUGGCCUGCAUUGCAGGGGUUGGACUAGAUGACCCUUGGAUCCCUUCCAGCUCUCCAAAUCGUGGGAGCAGCAAGUCUUCAAGGGUGGGCAGGAAGGGCUUAUGGGGGGGCAUGUCUCCCCUGGCCCCCCACACUGCCGACCCCUCCCUCACCCUGCACCCUGUGUCCAGCAUAAGCCAAAUGGGGGGGGCAGUUGGGUGUGGGCAGGGGGAAUGGGCGAGGGGUCCUGCGAAUGGACAGCCCAGGGCAGCUCUGCUCUCCUGCAGUUCAUGCCUCACAAUGUGGCUCUUAGACUAUUUUGCCUUCUAGGAAGGUUUUAUUUCCAGACUUAAUCCCACCCCACAACACCUAAAUAAUAAUAAUAAUCCCCAAAGUUUCGUGUGUCUGGUUUGGGGCAGGCAGCCAGGGCUGGUGAGCCUCCUCUGGCCGGCCCCUUCCUGCCCCCCAUCCCUGUAUCCUGGGGGAGAGUCCCAGCCCUCUUUCUCCCCCCUCCUCCAGGCCGCUGGCAACGCCGUCAAGAGGGCGUCCGACAACCUGGUGAAAGCAGCUCAGAAAGCAGCCGCCUUCCAGGACCAGGAGAACGAGACGGUGGUGGUGAAGGAGAAGAUGGUGGGCGGGAUUGCGCAGGUGAGUCCCCAGGGAGGGGGGGGGAGGACAGGGGGCCAAGGCUGCCUUUGCAGGCAGGUGAGACUCUGGCCCCCCCAGUGGUUGCAAGCGAGAAAGGGGGGAGUGCCAGGUGCCCCCCCCAGUGCAGGCGCUGCUGUCAAGCAAUGGGGCGGCUGCUCCCACCCCCCGCCUCACGGUCUGCCCUGCUCCCCCCCCCCAGAUCAUUGCUGCCCAGGAAGAGAUGCUGCGCAAGGAGCGGGAGCUGGAGGAGGCACGCAAGAAGCUGGCCAUGAUCCGGCAGCAGCAGUACAAGUUCCUUCCCACGGAGCUGCGGGAUGAAGGGCCAAACUGA